AUGGAGGUAGGUGCAGUGGUGUGUUUGCCAAGGUUGUCCCGGGUGGCUGUGUGUGGCGGUACCCAUGGCAACGAGCUGUCUGGGGUGUAUUUAGUGAGAGAGCUGCUGAAAGUGAAGAAGAAAGUAAUGGUGGAGGAGGAGGAAGAGUCUGUGUCAGUGGUGAUAGUACUGUCAAAUCCACGGGCCACGCAACAGUGCCACAGAUACAUUGACACCGACCUGAACCGCUGCUUCACCCAUGCCACCCUCAAUGGUCCCCUAUCAGACACCACCCCCUACGAGAUUGUCAGGUCCCGAGAGCUCAACACCUUGCUGGGUCCGAAAGGCAGUUCGCAGGCGGUGGAUCUUGUUUGCGACCUCCAUAACACCACUGCCAACAUGGGUAUGUGCUUCAUUACAUACUCAGACUGCGACUGGAUCUGCCUGCACAUAUUCAGACACCUGCAGAUGGAGAUACCAGAUAUACCAAUGAGAUUCAUCCAUUUUGAUGUCUCCAAUAAAGAAUCAUAUUCCCUUGAUUCAGUGGGAAAGCAUGGCUUUGCCAUGGAGAUCGGCCCUCAGCCCCAUGGUGUAGUGAGAUCAAACAUCUAUACAGCAAUGAAAGGUGGUGUGCAGCACAUGCUUGAUUGGGUUCGUUUAUUUAACUCAGGUAAAAUGUUUAAAGGAGGAUUUGUGGAUGUAUUCACCAUGGUUAAACACAUUGACUACCCAAGAGACAGUGUGACUCACAACAUCACAGCAGUCAUUCAUCCUCAUCUCCAGGACCGAGAUUUCUGCCUGCUCCACCCUGAAGACCCACUGUUCCAGACAUUCUCAGGGGAAACACUGAGGUAUAAAGGCAAUGAACCUCUUUAUCCUUUCUUCAUCAAUGAAUGUGCUUACUAUGAGAAGGGCAUUGCUCUCUCCCUGGCAAGAAAGAAGCGAGUGAUGAUUCCUCCAAUCCAAGUGGAGACAAGCUAAUGAAAAUGAAUAUGCAUCAUAGGAAGAGAAGUAAAGAUGUUUCUGACAUGAAACUGGCGUGACUCUGAAAUACAUUUUUAAGAAAGCUUUUAUUGAAUUGAAAGCAUGUGUACGCUUGCAUACACUUGCACACAAGUUUACAGUUAGUAACAUUUUCAACUCACAACUGGAGAAAGAACAACAUUUUCACUGUAGAUUCACAAAUGCCAUAGAAUAUGCUACAAUGUAUUUAGGGAUUUCUUAUAUUUAAAGGCUGAAUGUGUGAAAUACAGUCUUAUUUAUCAUGAGACCACAAAUAGUGCAUUAUUUCACAGACAUUCAUUAAUUUCAUGAAACCUUCGGAACAGUGUUUCUCUAUAUUUAUGUGGACAUAUAGCAUGGUUUCAACGGUAAUAAUGCUGUUUUCUUCCAAAUAUAUUUAAAUAGUUGGAUAUUAACAUUGUCAAAAAAUAGAACUUUACCACCAAUCACUACAACAAUAUUGAGCAUAUGUUUAAACUUAUUUAAAGUGCAAAGCUAUACUUGGGGAUUAUUAUAAUAUGGCCUUUCAAGUACAUUCCUAAUGGCAAAGAGGGGGAAACUAUUUCCUUAAAUCAUAAGUUCAAAUUAAUUCAUGUGUUUGUUGUUUCCAUAAGGGUGGUAACAAAGAAAUUAAUAAAUGAACCAAGGUACGAAUAUAAAUCAAAUAAAUAAUAAUAAACACUAAAUAAUAGGCAAAAUUCACAGAAAGGAUUAAGUGUAUGAGGUUAACAAAACUGUUGAAUUAGCACUACUAUGUUGAGUAAAUGACUUUUUAACAGACUUCAAAGAUCUACAAAACCAAAACAUUAAAAAAUAUGCAUUAAAAAUGAUAAAAACAAAACAAUACACUGGGUAAACAAAUUAGAAACACAAACGCAGUCUGCCUCAAUAACUGCCAUAAAUAAAUAAAUAUCACUUGCGUUAAAAA